ACUUUUGGCACCAACUCGAUCUUUCGCGCCAUUUCUGGCUCAAGUCGAUCCUUUAAUUAUUUGCUUUCAGAGAAACACAGAGACAGACAUUGAAUGAUAUUUUAGAGUUUAUAUAUUAUUUUAGUGUUCUUCGUUGGUAUUUAAGCAUCAUGAGUUACCAGUUGACCUCAGGAGCAUUACAGACUAUAAUCAAUGGGGAGAAUAUCGAGAAGCCAAUUCUUCAAAUUUUGAGUUCGAAAAAGAUCCCAAGUUCUGCUGGCGCUGAACGAUAUCGUCUUUUAUUGUCCGAUGGUCAGCUGAGUUACUCCAGUGUUAUGCUGGCGACUCAGCUGAACCCCAUGAUGGAAGAUGGUUCUCUAGACAAUCUGUCGGUUAUCAAGCUGAACAAGUUCUUAUGUAACAUCAUUCAAAAUGACAAGAAAGUUAUCAUUUUGCUCGAUCUAGAAGUGAUUGCAAAAGCUUCUGAAGUUGGACAGAAGAUAGGGAAUCCAAAAUCCUACAGAGCUGGGGAAGCUGCACCUGCUGCUGCUGAGAACAACACAAACAGUCUUCCUGCACCUUCCAAGCCUCCGUCUGUUCCCAUACCAAACAGGACACCUUUAGGUAGUGGCCCUGUCGUUAAUAAUAAACCACCUGGUCUUCCUACAACUCCAGGAGGAACUGGCAGAAUUCAUGCCAUCGCAGGACUCUCGCUCUACCAAAAUAGAUGGAAGAUUUGUGCGCGAGUGACCCAUAAAUCUGCUGUGAGGAACUGGAGUAACUCUCGUGGGGAGGGCAAGCUGUUCAGUGUUACGUUCCUCGAUGACAGCGGUGAAAUCCGGGCCACAGGAUUUAAUGAUGCAGUUGACAAGUUCUUUGAAUUUCUUCAAGUUAACAAGGCUUAUUACGUGAGUAGAGCCACUCUAAAGAUGGCAAACAAGAAAUUUAGUUCUGUGCAGAAUGACUUUGAGAUGACUUUCAACUCUGACACAGUCAUUGAGUUGUGCACAGAGAACACAAAUUUGCCCACCAUCACAUAUGAUUUUAAGCCAUUGAAAGACCUGGGCCAAAUUGAACCUAACACUAUUAUUGACGUAAUUGGUGUCGUGACCAAUGUUGGAGAUAUCACCACAGUGGUUGGACGGCAAUCUAAUAAGGAAUUCUCAAAGCGCGACCUGCAACUUGCUGACCAGUCGGGCAUGUCCGUCCGAUUUACCAUUUGGGGAGGCGAUGCUGAGAGCUUCCAAGAUAACAAAAACCCUGUGGUUGCAGUCAAAGGAGCCAAGGUUUCAGACUGGGGAGGUCGCACCUUGUCUUUAUUAUCAAGCGGACAAAUGAUUCUAAACCCCGACAUAAGGGAAGCCCAUUUCCUUCGUGGCUGGUAUGAUCGAGAUGGUUGUAAUAUGGAAUUUAACACUUUUCAGGGUGAUUCAGCUAGUAUUAGAGGAGGCAAUGAGUGGAAGACAUUUGAACAAGUUAAAUCUGAAAAGUUAGGAGCAACAAAACCUGAUUACUUCACCUCAAAGGGAACUGUGAUUUUCAUAAAGAAAGGAAACUGCAUGUAUAUGGCUUGUCCCAAUGAAAAUUGUAACAAGAAACUGAUAGACCAGGGAAAUAACCAAUACCGAUGUGAGAAGUGUGAUCAAGAGUUCCCUAACUUCAAAUGGCGAUUGCUUUUGUUGACCAACAUUGCUGAUUAUACAGGCAGCCAAUGGGUUACAUGCUUCCAAGAUUCUGCAGAAUCCCUUCUUGGAGUCUCAGCUGAUGAGCUGGGCAACUUAAAGGAAAUGGAUGAAUUUGCAUUUGAUCAAGUAUUCCAAGAAGCCAGUUUCAAAUCCUAUAUUUUCAAUUUGAGAGCAAAAUUCGAAACCUACAAUGAUGAAACCCGUUUGAAGACGAUAUGCGUCAGCGCCACCCCGGUUGACUGGAAGACAUAUGGGCAGCGCCUGAUCAAAGAAAUUAAUAAUACUGAAACAAGGGCAUAAAUACUCGCAGCAUUGCAUGAUUCAAAUUAUUAGACCCUGUGCUAAAUGCAUGGAUCGUUAUCAGUUUCCUUGGAAUCAGAAAAAAAAAAUUUUUUUUUUUUCUGUUAAACCAUCAUCCAGUGCCAACCAAGUUUCAAAAACAUCAAAUCUCUCGACAAAAAAACAAAUUUCUUGCAAACCAAUGUUUUUUGCUAGUUUCAUCUCUCAACUGUUUGUCUCCGACAGUUUUCAUUUUCUAGAAAAUCUUGUGUAUUAACCAAGUGAAAUUUCGUCAUAGAAGACCGUAACCCAUGCAGAAACAAAGUAGUUUAAAUUACAAACACUGAACAAGUCAUUCACUCUGUUGGUCAUUUCCCCUUGACUUGUGUCCGAGACCAUUGGGACGUAUUAAAAUUCUUUAAAACCAAAUCUAUCCUCACAAUGUAAAUACCGGAGGCAUUGACUGGGAGAAAGAAUUUGAAUUUAAGGAGGGUUUUUUUUGUUUUCUUCUUUUUAUCCCCCAAAACAAUAAACACUUAUUUCUAUAAAUCUAUUUAUGUCUCUAGCAGAGAAUUCAUUAAUACAAAUAUUAAUUGGCAGAAGAUCAGGGAAUGAAUA